GGGUCCAGACUCCUCUUAUCCCGCCCACUGCUCCACCGCUGUCUUCUGCUCUCCUGAACGCUGAUGUGUUACUACUUUCAGCCUCCAAGUCCGCGAAAAUGUUCAACUUCGGGUCAAAAUUCCUGCUGCUUUUCCUCCUGGCCUUCCCCUGCGGAUUAAUUUCCAUCGGCCACGUCUCUGCAGAGCCAGACUCUGCUGAAGAUAUUGCUGAGGAUGCUGAUGCUGCAGUGGAUGAAGAAGAAGACGAUGAAGAGGUCCUUGUUGAGGAGGAUCAGAUGCAAGCCUCGGAGGGAGACGAAGAAGAGUCAGACGAAGCUGCUGAUAAACUGUUGACUUCUCAUCCUGACGCCGACACAACCAUCAUCUUCAUGACCGGAGAAGAGUUUCCUGCCAAUGAAAUUGUGAGGUUCCUGGUUGGUUUCACCAACAAGGGAAGUCAGGAUUUCAAUGUCCAGUCAUUGGAGGCCUCCUUCCGUUACCCCCAGGACUUUCAGUUCUACAUUCAGAAUUUCACAGCUUUGCCUUUGAACACCAGAGUGCAGCCUCAGGCUCAGGCCUCCUUUGAGUACUCCUUCAUCCCAGCUCAGCCCAUGGCUGGUCGCCCAUUCGGCCUCGUUAUCCUUCUCAACUAUCUUGACAAUGAGGGCAACAUGUUCCAGACUGCCAUUUACAACCAAACUGUCACCAUCACUGAGAGAGAAGAGGGACUGGACGGGGAAACAAUAUUCAUGUACGUGUUCCUGGCUGGACUCGUGGUCCUGAUGCUCUUUGGAAUGUACCAGGUCCUGGAGUCGAGGACGAAAAAGAGAAUCCCAGUGAAAAUAGAGAAGGGCACUGGUGGGCUAAGUGAUGUGGACAUCAGCUGGAUUCCUCAGGAGACUCUCAAUGCCAUGAACAAGGCUUCCCCUAAAACGUCUCCACGGAAACGAACUAAGAGGGCAGCUGGAGCAGAUCAAUAAAACCGUCUGUUUUCCAUCCAUCAUCAUACUGUCCAUCAGGCUUUCAAAAGCUCAUUUCCUCACCACAGUAACCCGAUUCCCAUUCACAAUGGAUCAACAUUUCUGGAAUCCAAAUUCCAGCCCGACCAGUGUGUUAAAGAUGUUUGUAUGGAUCUCAGCCUCUCGGUCUGACGCUCCUGCUGGUUAUCACGAGCAGAGAGCAUCCUGGACUCUGCCGCUCUGCUCAGAGCUCAGACACUAACAGGACUGAACUACACUUCAUUUUUAGAGCAGUUUUUUUUUUUUAAAUCUGUUUUUGUGUGUGUGACAGUGAAAGUUGAGAAAAGAUAAACCAAUUAGUCAUUAAAAAUAAUUAUGGAAAUAAAAGGGAAGCUGACUACAUCCAUAUGAAUGUUAUGAAGCCACAAUUUAUAUGGAGAUUAAUCAUCUUAAGUAUAAAAUGGAUUUUAUGAAUUCUAAACAUUCAUAUUUAACCCUCCUCUUGUGCCUUACCUGUGCUGUGAUGGCAACGCCCUACAAAGACUUAAUGUUGCCUGAGGUUUGUGAAGCUUUGACUUUGAUGUGAUAUUUGUUUUACAGUGGGGCGAUGGCAGCUGCAAGUACAACAAACAUUAAAACAGUGUUCUCUGGAGGUUUUCUGCAGGUUAAUUUAUCUGCUUUUAUCACCUGGUUGUUGUAAGAGUCUCAGUGGAGCAUUUCAAACUCUUACCAUGUGCUGAUGGUUCAGAUUGCGUGCCAUUAUUUGUGAUGAAACAAUAAAAGGGUGAACAAA